CUACUGGUAACCUUUUUUAAUACCCUUAGCUCCAGUAGGCAUCUAGAAUUUGUUUGCUGUGAAAGACACCCAUUACCUAUGUGCCAAUCACUGAGCCUGUUCUAAAUUUUCCCCUUUGUCCAGUGAUAUGUGUGUGGGAGGACAGGGUUCAGUUAUUUGUACUUUUGGGGAACAGAUGUUGGGAAGAUCUGUUUUGGGAACAGAUUCUGUCUCUUUUUGUUUGUUUUUUGUCUUAGAUCUAUAAUAAAACAUAUUCCAUGGCACCAUCAUCAGCAUUUUUACUUAUGUUCCCUAGUUAUCUCAUAGAUGGAAGCCAGUGUGAUAUUCCUUAAGUUCUUGCUUCUAUCGCUGGUAUUUAAUGGUUGGCUUGGCUGGUUGUAUAAUAUUUGGCUCACACUGUUUUUCCCUUGAGCUUGUUCAGAAAUGUUCCCUAUUGUUUUGCUUUGUAUGUUGUCUUGCUUUGUAUGUUGCUGUUGAUGUCUGGUUGAAGUUAACCUGAUUUUCUUAAUUUUGUAAGUGACUUUGCCUGGAAGCCUGGAGCUUUUCUUUAUAAAAUAUAAUAGUUUUAUUAUAUGUGUUUUACAGUAGACCAUUCUGAGUCCGUUUUCCAGUACGUGGUAGGCCCUUUUGGUAUUUUGAUUCAGUUCUUCUUUUGUUUCCAUAAAAUUUUCUGAAAGUGUAGUUUUAAGUAUUGUUUCAAUGUUUUGAUAUAUUUUACUUCCCUUUUCAGGAACUCCAGUUACAUGGAUAUUGGCUCUUUGCUUAUCCUCUCUAUCACUUUUUCUUAGAUCCUUUUCCCUCCCUUGUUUCAUUUCCAUUCUCGUGGGUGUUUUUAUUUUUCUCCUCAGUGUCAGUAGAAUCUGUUCUCCCUGUAGGUGUGUUCUAGCCAAGAUUUUAUUUCUGAGAUGAUUUGGUCUUUUUCUUUCUUUCCUUCUAGAAUUUCUAGAAUUUGAAACGAGUUCAUAGUCUUAUUUUCUUGUGCAUGUAAGGAAGGAAGAACUUCACCUUUUUUCUCUACUCCCCUGGGUUCUCCAGCUGGGGCUCUACAAAUUAGACAGAAUAUAGACUAACAAGAAUAAAUAGUGUAUUGAACAUGUGCAGUGAUGGGUAACUCAAAGGGGUGAUUGGAACUUGGGCUUAUAGCAUCUUAAAGAGCAGUGCAUUUGUAGAGAAGUGUCAAGACAAAAGGUUUUAGGCUUCCAAGAAGCAGCAGACUGGGGAACAAAGGAGUGAGGUUUGUUUGUGCAAGCCCAUCUCCGUAUCAACUUUCCAUCUGCUUCACGACCAUAAAACUUUUCCAGGAGAGGGGAUUUAUGGCAGUCCCCAUUUCUUAGAAGUUUCUGCAUUUAGUCAAAUAGGGGAAGCUCUGAGAAAGUGUCUUUCUGUAUCUGCUAUUCUCAUUUUCCUCCAUUCUCAUUUUCCUUAUGCCAAAGUAGUUUAUUUUGAGGUGGCAUAUUCUGUUCCCCUGAAUGCUCUUGCAUUCUGAGUUUUGAAUUUCUGAACUGUGGUAUAGUUUCAUAUCUAUAAAUGAUUGUUUAAUAAUAUUUAAGUUAUAUGGGAUUGUUUGCCUUGGGGUAGUUUGGGGGAAACAUUUUUGUCAGCUGCAGAGUUUUUAUUCUUGGAACAUUGUAGCUUUCUAUGGAUGCUGCUUACCUUUUUUGUUUAGUGUUGGAGUUUCUUGGUCUCAUAACAAUGUGUUUCUGUGAUGAAAGAUGAGGGGGUUUGGGUGGUUUCACAGGUUUCUUAAUUCGAAUGCUCUCUUCUGUUGAUACCAUUAAGGACUUUUUUUGAUGACAAGUAUAAGGGAGGGGUGAGUAGGGGCUUGGUGUGACUCCCAGUGCUGUGACACCCCUUUGUUUUCUAAGACUCUUAUCUUCCACCACUUGCUGUCUUUCCCUUCACGACUAAGCUUCCAUAGAUCUGCCCCUGCCUCCCCCAGAAGCAGGGCCACCUCUAGCCAAGUUCCCCUCUAGUUCCCCAGGCCCAGUGCUCCAGCCCUCUAGGUCUCCACCUGGCUUCCAUGUUCCCUCACUCUUGUGCAGCCCUUCCUUGCUGCUGGACCCUGCCUCAUCCCCUCAUGUCCAUGCAUUUCCUCCUGUCGUCCAGCAGGAGCAGUGUCACUGGCUCUGCUAGUUGGGGGUUUUUAUUUCUCCAGUCUAUUAUUUCUUCAUCUUGUUGAAUUCUCUCUCCUAAUUUUGCUGUUGGCACGGAUUACAGGUGGUUGUAUCUGCUCCUUGUUGAUGUGUCUGGGUUUGGAGGAUGUUAGGACAAGUUGGUAUUUAGUCACUAACCACGAUCCUGUAGAAUUUACAGGUCUCAUCAGUGUUUCUUCCAGAUUGAGAUUCAUUUUGAAGAUUGAAUUUUUAUAAAGAUUGAGAUUAAAUGUAAAAACUCAUGGCAAGUCAUGUUGUGCAUGUCAUUUCUGAGUUUAUCCAAUAAUUACUGUUGUUCGUUUUCUUGUAUAUUUAAGUAUUUUGAUUUGUUUUAUUAAUAGGUCCAAAUAUACAUUCUCUCCUCUGUAAGAAAGGUGACUCUCCAUACCAAGUCCAGGCACUGGGACUGUUACCAAAACCAAAACCAACUUUCUUUGCUCUACAUGUUCUCGCAAACUUCAUUUCAGGAAAUGACACUUUUGUCAGACAUUCCUUAAAUGUCUCAGAUUGUUUUCUGUGUCUAAGAAUCUAUGAUUAUUUUUAAAGUGAAAAGUUCUCAGAAAAUGGAAUCCAGAGGCCAAGACAGGGCACUGAGGCUGCAUCAGUGUUGAUGGUGUGGUCCUCAUGCCCAGCUUCUGCUGGCUGCUCUGGUGGAAUUUCUCUGAGGCCCUGGAGGGGCUGCCUGCUCUGUGCUGGCAGGACCUAUCUAAUAAAUGACAGUGUUCCUAUAGUCUGACUUUGUCCAAAACUGUGUCCUUGUCACUACUCCUCCUAUUACUGUUUGUGAAAAAACAAAUGACCUUGAUCUAAUGGUUUUAUAGACAUUUUUGGUAUAAGAGUUCAAGGUAGCUUGAUGAAGAGCUUCUCCCUGCUGCAGACCUCUACUCUCUGCAUCGCAUGAAAGAAGUUGGACUGUUUAGAAAUAUAUUAAACUUAGCAGUUAAUUAAUCUUGAAAGGGUUGUGUUUAUCUAGGAAAACAAGUUUUUAGAAUCUAGAGAUUAUAGAAAUGAAGUGCAGAUGAAAAUAAGUUGCUUAUGGAAGGUAAAAAAUAGAAUAAAUAGUUCUAUGUGGCUGUGAUGUUGUGAUAUAAUAGGAAGUAUAUAUUUGUUCUUCAUCCCUGGUUCCUGACACAGUAAAGCCCUUGUGGGAUCCUGAGUGGUGAGGGUGAGAGAAGCAUUUCCUGUAUGAUAAUAAGCCUCUUUCAACCAUACUGUAGUGUAUGCUAAUGAGGUGACUGUUGGUGGGUUCCCAGUUGGCUUCAGGAUGCGGGCUGGUUGUCAGAGGAGCCAACCAUAUGAUUAGAGGGUUGGAACUUUCAUCCUCACUCCUAAGCCUCCCAGGAGGGGAGAGGGGUUGGGGACUGAGUUAAUCACCAGUGGCCAGUGAUCAGUCAUGCCUGUGUAUGGAACCUUAACAGAACUCUAAAUGAUGGGUUUGGAAAACUUCUGAGGUGGUGAGCAUGUGGAGGUGAGGAAACACAAAAAUAGAAGAGGCUUGUGAAAUGUAUACCAGAGCUGCAAAUAUGUUCAAGAUGGCAAAAAAUUGGAGUGCUGCAGGAAAUGCAUUUUGUCAGGCAGCCAAGCUCCACAUGCAGCUUCAGAGCAAGCAUGAUUCUGCCACCAGCUUUGUGGAUGCUGGGAAUGCUUACAAAAAGGCAGACCCUCAAGAGGCUAUCAACUGCUUAAAUGCAGCCAUCGACAUUUACACAGACAUGGGAAGGUUUACGAUUGCAGCCAAGCACCACAUCACCAUUGCAGAGAUCUAUGAGACUGAACUCGUGGACAUCGAGAAGGCUAUCGCACAUUAUGAACAAUCAGCUGAUUAUUACAAAGGGGAAGAAUCCAACAGUUCAGCUAACAAGUGUCUGCUGAAAGUGGCAGCGUAUGCCGCCCAGCUGGAGCAGUACCAGAAAGCCAUCGAGAUCUACGAGCAGGUUGGGGCAAACACUAUGGAUAAUCCUUUGUUGAAGUACAGUGCAAAGGACUACUUCUUUAAAGCAGCCCUCUGUCACUUCAUAGUAGAUGAGCUGAAUGCCAAGCUUGCUCUUGAGAAGUAUGAGGAAAUGUUUCCAGCCUUUACUGAUUCAAGAGAAUGUAAGUUAUUGAAAAAACUUCUAGAAGCUCAUGAAGAACAGAACAGUGAAGCUUACACUGAAGCAGUGAAGGAAUUUGACUCAAUAUCUCGCUUGGAUCAGUGGCUUACGACCAUGUUGCUUCGUAUCAAAAAGUCCAUCCAAGGGGAUGGAGAAGGAGACGGGGACCUAAAGUGAACAUUAUGUCUUUGUGGCAUGCAGCUGACUCCUCUUUAGUUUCAUGUUAGGGCCACAUGAUCUUUAUGGGAUGCCCAUUUAAUGGCUUAAUUCUUUGCAUAUGAGCCAAACCAUGUGUGUGUGUAUGUGUAAGCUCCCUGUGUUUGUCUUUGUGAAGCAGACAGCUGGGAAGGUCCUGUGCAUUUCGUAGGUGUGAUAGGCUAUUCCAUGCUCACUGGAGCCCCCACGGUUUUUUGAGAACCACUUCACAAUCUUAUUCCUAUCAUUUUGAUAUUUGCAGAGCCCAUGUUUAACUUUGCCACGUAUUUUUAUGUCAUUUUCUUGGACUGGAGUACCAAACCUAAUCAUGGUAAUAGAUGCUUUGCCUGUUUUCUAUAAAUUCAUACCUGGAUGUAUUCUCUAAAUGUACAUGUUUAGUUCAGGAUGGCUGUUAGGGAUGAGUUUUAUGACUUCACUUAUUAGAAAUUGUUUAUUUGUUGUUGUGAUUCUUAUGAUGGUGCUAGUGACCAGUGUGUUUGCUUUUUAUAUUGUUGUAUUUGCUGAUGUGCAUGCGGAAAUUCAGAACAUCCAGGGUCUGUCAGCAGCGCUGACUUACGUUGUGAGAAAAGGGAGCUUCCUGGCAGGGCUUGCUUACGUGUAUGGGUGGAUGUCAGGGUGAGUUUGACCAAUUUGUACUCACUCACACAUGUAAGAUCUAUAAGAAACAAUUUUUCCUUUUCCUGGAAUUUGUUUCCACUUUUUGUUGGGGUGGAAUCCUUUCUUUAUAUUCACAUAAAUGUGAUUCAAUUGGCAUGUCCCUUUUAUUUUCAUGUUCAGAUACUUGCCCACGUUGAGACGGUGCCUGUUGUGCCCCCGCCAUGUGAUUCCUCAUCGGAGCUGGGGUUUAUCUAGGUCAGAGCUUGAGAGAACAGUCAUUGUUUUACCCAUUUGUUGAAUGUGUUGGGUUAGGUGGGGUAAGUACAGGUACAGGGGUUUACUGUGUGUCCAGUUAGGGAAGAAGGCCAACCAGCUUCUGAGGAGGAUCGAUUUGCCUCUCGGUUGAUGGAGUUGUUUGAGCUUGUAUAUUUUAAUUUAGUUGUAUCAUUUUGGUUUACAUAAUAUGUGCUCUAAUGACUUAUAAGCUUACAUUCUGUGGCUUUAGACAUGCUCUCAUUUCCUGAAUCUUCUCUGUGCGUAUUCUUAUGCUUAAAUGACUUAAGUUUGAUAUGCAUUUGUUCCUAGACUAGUUUAGGGGUCUUUCUAAAUUAUGCUGCUGUCAUUAAAUACAGAUAAUGAAAUUCCCCAUGUUAGGUCAGAUAGUAACUGGAAUUUGAAGGGUGUUUUCAUUUUUAGAUGUCCCUCAGCUGGGAUUGGUAGGUUUUGGCUGGGCAGAAGUAGAGGGUGUGGCCAGUCCAGGGGCUGAGAGAGAAGGAAGGCAUGGGGGUGGUAAGCAGGUUGGGCUGGGAUGAAGGAGAACAUAGCAAGAAAGGAAGUUGGAAAGGGCCAGCUGAGUCCUGGUGGUGGAGGCUGUCCUUCAGGUGGCUGAGGAUUUCCUGGCUGCAGUUGUGGGGUCACCUGUGCAAGGUAGCCUGGUGGGGAGGAAGGUCAGUGAUGGCUAGAGAGGAAGGUCAGAAGCCAUGGUACACUCUUGCCUUUGGCCCUGAAAUCUGAUGAGUGUUCCUUCCUUCCUCCAAAGGUCUGGAAUUCUUAGAAGAAAGAGGGCUAUCACUUACGGUACAAUUGAGAACAUGACCCAUUUGCUACUUUCUUCACUUCCUAUUGGAAUCUCUUAUGAAGAAAUGAUUUGCACAGAGUGGUUUCCUAUGCUCAGUCUGUUCCACAGCCAGCUGAAUGCACUUGUGUGAAAGUGAGGCAUGGUGAGUGCUUUCCUAGCCUGUGUCCUCAGGCUGUGAGUCUGUCCCACCUGGAGAGCAUUUAAAUCCUACCUGCCAGGUGCUUGUUUAAUCACUAGUGUGAAGGUUUGUUUCACUUGUUGAAAGGACCUUCUGGCCUGACCACUUGAAGUAAGAACAAGAUGAUUUCUCUUAAGGCAAUUCCUUUCUCUGCGCUCAUGCCCCCUACAAGCCCUGUCUGAGGAAGUGGUGUGGUUUGUGAAAACAGUUGGAGAGUUGCUUAUUUUUAUUGAAGUAAACGGGGAUCAGUGGCUGAGUUAAUUUUCUGUGUUUAAUAUUUACAUGAAAAGAGUUAAAAUAAUUGUAAUGGCUAGAACAGAACUGCCAGAAAAUAAAAGGAAAAUGAGAACAGUCCUGUUAACAUUAUCCAAACUUCCUUCUUUUGAAAUGUCCCAUCAACGUCGGGUAGUACCAUGACUGAGGCCCGAGUUAGUUUUCAGGGGUUACAGAAUAUUCUUUAUGAACAAAAUAUAAUGAGUAUUUAUGUUCCAGCUCUUGUAUUUUAGCAGAUCAGGGGUUAGUUCAUAGUCCGAGUCAGUCACAAUUUCUCACAGGAAAGCUUUGCUUUUUGUGGCAACAUUUUUAUAUAGCUUAUGUGAGUUCCUCCUUUUUUUAUUUAAUGAUUUGAAAACAGUAUUUUUGCACAGUUGUGACCGUGCGUGAUGACAUCCCUGUAACCAAAGUGUGUGCAUUUAUUGUAUCCUCUGAUACUGUGCAUUUAAAAUGUCCAAAUGCAAACCUUUGUGGCUUCCGUCAGAGGACCCGGCAGCACGGCAUGCCACCCGCGACCCGCCUGCCCACAGUGCGAGCUGUGGACCAGAGCAGGCUCCCGCCACCACGUGCUGAGCCGGCCAUCGCGGGGUCUCCUCCCUUGAGCGCUCGGGUGGAGGAUUAUAUUAUGAAAACUAACCGUGUGACCAUCACUCCACCUUAGCAGAAAGAGUGUGUAUGUUUUACAUCACCCUGUACAGAAAAUAAAGUGGAAAUUAUGAAUA